GAACCUCCUCCUCUUAAGCCCGAUGAUCCCUUUAUAUGCUACUCCAAAGUAAAUAUUCAAGAUACAUCUAGGCCACAAGAAGAUUCAAGGGAAAGAUUCAACAAACGGUGGUCAUUAUUGACCAAGAACGAAGAUUUGAUGUCAAAACAAGAGCUCGUUAAUUGUUUUCGGCUUUUGAUGAAUGAUCAUAUGCGACUUGAACGGUUCAUUUCAAUUAUGUCAAAAGAUAGCGAAAUGCUACCUGGACGCGAUGACCGUCUCUCCUCACAACUUAUGGAUACAAGUCUCUUGGCCGGAUGCGCACUUACACAUAGCGUCCAUACCGGCAUAGCAAGGGCACAAGCAAUCUUUGUAUACAAAUAUCCAUCAGAUGGAGGAGUUUACUAG